AUGUUGUUCUUGUUGGAGAAUGCGCAGGCGCGGCGUCAGCCGUUGCGUGUUGAGAAAACAAGGGUGUCGGAUGACUGGAGGGAUUCUGCGCAUGCGCGCGCGGACGGUAGACGCGCCCUUGUCAGAGCCGCCUCCGCCGCGACCACCACCGCGAGUACGAGCACUCGUGCCGGUAUCCCCCGCAGCGGCGGCCGCCGGAAGUCACGUCCCCCAGCCUGUGUUGCACCUCACUCCACUCCACCCCCGCCCUGGACAGAGGCCAGGCGGCGCACCACCACUUUGCAUACAGCGCUCAUUCGUAUGCCGGUCGCACAAUACCCUCCUGCUCCUUCUGGUUCUUUCCCAGCGGACGCUUGCGGGCGGAUAUCUGUUUACAACAGCGAGGCGGAGCUGGUGCAUCUGCGCGCGGAACUGGUGGAGGCGGUGGCGCGGCGCGGCUCGCUGGAGGAGGAGCUGCACGCGCUGCUGCUGCGGCUGCACGCCAUCCAGCUCCAGAGGCUACCCGGCGCCGCGCCGCUGGACGCCGACGCAGAGCGCAUCCGCCGCCGCCUCGAGGAGGAGCUGCAGAGGUCGCCCUCCCGCCAGCAGCGCUCCAAUAAGGAUGGCAGUCUUCAACUGGGCUUAGCCGAAGUAGCAACAUUACAGAGUGAAGCAGUACAACUGAGACGAGAGAAUACUGCUCUGCGCAACACACUUCUUGCACUCCACUCCGAGCUCUAUGGUGCUAAAUUAGCUGCCAAGUAUCUUGAUAAGGAACUGGCUGGCAGGAUCCAGCAGCUCCAAUUGUUGGGACGAGAGAUGCGUGGUGAAAUACGGGAUAAGCUGUGGAGGCAGCUUGAGGCAGAGAUACUACUUCAUAGGCACAAAACGGUUGUAAGGGCAUGUCGAAGUCGGAAUGCUGGAUCAGGUUCCUCUGGUCCACCACUGAAUACCUCCCAGUCGCAUUCUCAGCCACAGCAGCAUCAGCCAUCAUCACCACAACAACAAGAACAGAACCAGCAUCAGCAACAACACCAGCAGCAAGAACAGCAGGAACAGCAGCAGUCCAGUGCAUCAGAGAAGGCUGCUGCAGAAGUAGCCAGCACUAGCUGUGGGUCACAGGGAAUUGGUGAGCCACGGACUGUUACUGUGCGGAGGGAGCCAGGUGAAGGCCUUGGGAUAUCCAUCACGGGUGGUAGGGAGCAUGGAGUUCCAAUUCUCAUAUCUGAACUAGACCCUGAUGGACCUGCAGCAAGAUGUGGCAACCUAUAUGUAGGUGAUGCAGUGCUGUGUGUUAAUAGUAUUGAUCUCAGACAGGCUUGCCACCAAGAGGCCGUGGAAAUCCUAUCAGCCCAAACAGGUGAUAUCACUCUUGAAGUACAAUAUGUAUCAACUGAGGACAGUGAUGAAGACAACUCGCUGGGAGAAGAUUUAUAUGGAUUUCGGUACAGAUUUUUUGAUGAUGAGGUUCUAGAUGGAAGCGAUCCUGUCACCCUGCAUCCAUUACAGAAUGGUUAUAUCAGCUAUAAAAAUAAUACUGAUUGUGCAUUAAUAACAACACCUACUGCACCAAGGACACCAGAAUCACCAAAUGAACAAAACAGGAAUUACUCAGACUGCAGCAUCCCGGGAAGUCCAUUGAUGAAUGAAAAGGAACAGCUUGAGCCACAUUCUGCUGGAGAGCAUGAAGCUGGCUUUGCAGAACAGCUUUCAUCUUCUUUUGCUGUUAGCUGUUCCACAAAUUCUCCUAGCCACUCAGAUACAAAUUUCUCUGCUGUGAACAUGGAUCCUUCUCCAUAUUCACCAAUGCAAGUUUCAACAGAUGGCAGGUCGUCUGUGAGUGAAGAUUCAUUGGUCAGGAGUCCUAUUAAAGACCACACAGGCCAAAAUUACUACAAAGAUAGUGACACAAGCAUCUCUGUUCCAUCAACUCCAAACAACAACAAUAAUAACAGACAGUCUGUCACUAAUGAAGAUGACAAGUACAAUUUGAUGAACAUUGGUGUCACCACAUUACAAAAUAUAUUUGGAAACACAUUCCCUAAUCCCUCUGCAUCACCAGACACAAAAAACCACAUUUCAUCUGAUGCAGUAGACAGUGUUUCACUAGGAAGUGUUAUUCUUGAUUCAAAUAAGAACAGUUUAGAGAAUACUGCUACCACUGGUGCCAAACUUGAUGAUGUGCAGAGACAUUUUGCAAAAAUUAAGAAGACCUCUAGUAUAGAUUCAACAAGUGAUCAAUCUCCAGGUGAAACAUCAAGUUUGAUAUCUGAAAAGUGCCGAAGCAAAUCUAGGGAAAGUCAAAAGACUCGAGGGCACAAAAAGCGUUCAGCAGGGACUUCUGUUGUGGAAACCCAUGGACAAAGAACUGGUCGGAGUAGUACAGGGGUGACAAAGUUUGCAGAUACUGGCCACAGAAGUGGGAGGGCACGCCGCCUUGCACAAGACAUCUCUCCUCCUUCAGUUAGUGGGUCUUCUCGCUCUGUGGGUACUGACAGCUUUGGUGACCCUGAUUUUGGUACUCCAGUCUGACACAACUCACAGAAAUGUGAAUUUUGACUGAGCAUAGCAUAUGCUACACCCCGUCCAUGGUGUCCAUCCACUGCCACGUCUACCCUGCUGAACCUAUGGAGGGUGCGGUGAAUCUAGUUUCAGAACUUCGUUCUGUAGAAUAACAUAUGCUGUGUGCUAGCAACUAUUUGAAAAUGCAUUCCUCCCUCCAUUUCAAGCAGCUGAACCUUAUUUUCCAUGACAUUUUUGAAAAACAUAGUAGUACAUAUUACCACAGUAUGUUAGGAUUAUAAUACUUAUUUUCAUUCCAUUUGUCUCACUUGAAGGCAAUUUUUGAAGUACAACUGCUUUAGAAGCUUCUCUGAUUAAAUAUAUUUUGGAUACAGUCAUAACAAGAUUAAGAAUUGUAACUCUGUGGGAUGUACAAUAAUGUGUUUGCACACUUAAUAUCUACACAUUUUGUACUUUUACUCUUGUGUUACGUAUGUCAUUAGCCUUUAAAUGAUCCUUGAGGAACUAGAAACUAAGCAGACCUUUUGAAUAAAGUGUUAAUGUUGUUUCAUCAACUGCAGUUGUUUUAAGGUUGCAGUUAUUCAUUUUAUAUCUUCUGUGGUUUCUACUGAAUGGAGCAAUUUUAGCAAUACCUUUGUUCUUCAUUGUGAAGUAAAUGUAAGUAAAUGCAAGUUGUGUAACUCUCAGUUUCUAUUUCUCACAUGAUACAAAUUUUUGAGUGAACAUUUUCUUGGUCAAACUUUCUUGCAAAGCAUUUGCAUUCAAUGCAUUUGGCAAAAGCCACUGUAUCAGUUAAAUAACAGGUUAAGUCAUUGAAAAAUAAAUCAAGUUUUGCUAUUUGAUUGAGAAAUAGUGUUUGAGAUUUGCAUAUAGCGCAUUAUAUAAAACUAUGCAAUAUGUCUCAUGUAAUUCUUCUCUUAAAUAUAAACAUCUAUCUUUCUCUCUUGUAGGUAAAAUGAUGUAAGGUGUGAUUAUACAGCACUAAAUUUUGUAAAUAGGAUAUAUUUGUUAAUUUUUAUUUAAGAGAGGUUAUUGUGUAUCUCCUGUAGCUCAUGUGUAUUGAAUAGUGUUCUUACUUUAUUUUCAUAUGGACACUGAAAGAGUGAUUACUUGGUGCUCUGUUACUGGUCAGUACCAUUGCCCUUACAGAAAUGUCUGUAUAACAAUUACAAGGUGGUAAAGUUCAUUCUGUUUUUAGCAGCUCUUUGUGUGCCUCCACCACAGCUUUAGCUUGUCAGGUAAAUGAUGAAAUCUGAUUGGAUGGCCAAUACAUCUAAAGGUUACGUUAAUUUGUUAGAUACAUAAAAUUUUAAUAAACAAUAAAUUCCCUAGUGAACAGAAAUGGGAACUGGGAAUGAAGUCUUACUUAAUGACAAAUUAUCACUUACAUGACAACUGAAACUGUGUGUUUAGUUGUUUCAGUUGAUUUUUAAAGCCAGUAGUAAGAUUUUUUGACUUAAGUGUGGGGGUUUUCAAAACUUACUAAGGAGAAUUACAACAGGAAGACACAGGUAGUCCUGAGUGAAAGGUUAUUUGUCAGACAUAGCUAUCAGGUUCAGUGUGUUGCAGGAAAAGACAUGGCACAAUAAAAUGCCAAGUGAAUGGAGAAAUAUAUUGUUUCUCUUUGGGGUAUAUAUUGUUUGGGAUAUACAGCUGAAAAGGUAUUAACUGUAAUCGCAAACUCUUGGUGUAAAGCCCAGAAAAAAUUUGAAAUGAAAAGAGCCUAAAAAGGUCAUAGAAGAGAUUUGUAGUAACACUGCAAGAGACUGCAAACAGAAAUUUUGAUGUGCAAACAAAGAUUACCAACAAAGGCCUAAACAAGGAAAUGCAUUAGAGAGUUUUUCACAUUGUCAGAAUGCACAUAGAUUAUUGAAAUUUAAUGAACAAAUUGCCAUGUCAUAAGAAAAUUACAUUAUUUAAUGUCACUAUGCUAUUAAGUACACUACAAAUUAGCACCUUUUGUUGAUUUUCCUAUGUGAAAUGUGACUGAGAAACUACAUACACAGCACUAGAAGAUGUGAGUGCCCUCUCAUAAAUAACUCUUCUGAACAAUGUCCUUUUUAUUACUAAUUUUGUAUUUGGAUUGUCUAAGUAGCAAUAAUGUUGAUUAAAUACCAUAAGUGGAAGCAUUAUGACAGCUCAGUCUUAUUGGUGAAUGCCCCAGUUUAUUUUCUUUCCACCACAGUGUGGCACAUUAUAACAGUAACAACUUGGAUCUGUCCGUCAUCAGAUACAAAACUGUCUCUCUCUCUCUCUCUCUCAUGAAUAAAUAAUGUCCUUGCCAUAAUACAACAGUAAAUUUUCACUUACAACAUUUCUGACAUCUGCUGUUUAGAAAUCUCUCUCUCUCUCUCUCUCUGUAUCUGUUUAUUGAUACUUGCCAACUCCUUCAUUUUUUAUUAGAAAAUACCUCACAGAAAAUGUACAGCACUUGAUGUGACUACUGCAAUUACUUUUCUGCUCUUGGCAGUUUAAAUGCACAAUUCAUGUUAUCUUUUGAGAACUAAUUUCAUUCUAAGUCAGCAUUAAAAAACUCAAAUAAUUACAAUUCUACUUAGAAAUUCAAAAUCUGAAGUCUGACAGUCAGUUCCCUCACAAGCUUUACACAUACUACUGUGCUCUUGUACUGAGCAAGAAGUUGGCCCAAAACCUAAGACUCAAAUUUAAAUAAAAAAUCUGAUAUUGGUUGAAGGAAAUGCACUGCAUGAAAUCCUGGCAGCUACAGUAAAUUUCAAUUUUUGCAUUAAAUUCCACUUUCUCAAUAUACUUUUAAUAUGUAAAUUACAAUAAAUUGUUAUUAAAUUUUGCUUUCGAUUAGGGAAAACAGAUGUUUAUCAUAAAGAGAAUGAUUUUAUUUGAUAUAUUUCACAAAAUUAUUGUAACGAAAAUCCUGACCUGAUCCUUGUUUUAUGCUGUUGUUGAUAAACAGAAACUGAAUUAACAAAACACAGAUUUGAUUCAGUUUUUAAAAUCCUGUUGCUGACCUGCAACAUAAAUAUUUGUAUAUAUUAUUUACUUGUAUUAUAAAUUUAUAACUGCAUGUAUUAAGUUUUAUUUGUUAUUUAUCAGAACUUUAUUUAUGUAUAUGCAUAGUUGCAAGUGCACACGAAUCAGAAUUGUGUGAACAAAACUGUUUCAUAGUCAUUUUAGCCUUGACUGUACAUCACAAUUAAGUUCUCAAUCCAUUGAGUAGUCUGUCAUUUUUGUUCUCUCUCUCUCUCUCUCUCUCUCUCGAAAUAAAUUAUUUAUUAUUCAUCUGAAACACUGCUGUGAAAUUCACAACUAUCAAUUUCCCAUGUAAAAUAAGUUGUAAUGUGCAGUCACAUGUACUCGAAAGUUCAUUCCAUUAGUGAACUGACAAUGAUUUGUUAAAACAUAUUGGUAUCUCCAUCAUAGCUUUGAAAAUCGUGAGACUAAACAUAGUUUUGACAGUUUCAUUUCUAACCAGUAUCUGCUACAUAAAAUUACCUGAAACAUUCUUCACAUAUUUCACACAUUGUGUGCUUUUCUUCCAGUUGCCCAUAUUUCUCAUCUGUCUAAAUUCUGACAUGGUUCUAAAAUCAUGAAAUGUAUAUGCUUUAUGCCACACUGUUAUGAGUAAUAAGACAGUUUAUUUCUUUUAGUGGCUAGUAUAUAUUCACCUCUCUAGUCUUUGUUUAAAGACACUAUAACUUUAUAUUUUUUCCUGUUUCUUAGGGUAUUGUUGCUGGAUUUAGUAUUAAAUGUUCAAAAGAAUAGACUUUUACAUCUUCCCAGUGGGUCCACUAUUGAAAUCAUGGUUGCUAGAUAUUUGAAAUUUAUUUAGAAAAAAUUUCACAAUUGCACAGAGUGUCUUGUUCUGGUUUCAGACUAUCAUGCCUGUUACGGCAUUUGCAUAUCUUAUGGAUUGAGUUAUACCUCUUUAAAUCCCCUAGUUAGUAGUCCAUUGCAACCUAUUAAUGCAAAGAAAAAAAAAAUCUGUGGAUUACGUUUGUCCACCAACAGAUUUUUUUAAUGAGAGAGAAGACAAAUGUAUAUUGUGAUGAUAACUUUUAUUCAUUUGUAAACAAAAAUAUGUUGCCCAUUAGUGGACUUUUUUCUUAAAAAUGGAUGCAGUUUCUUUUUUCACUGUCUUCUAAGUGAAAUGCAGUUGAUUUAGUUGUAACUGCUUGUGGUGCUAAACUGCUGCUUUGUAAAGUGAGGAAUGAAAGCUUCCUGUGAAUAAAGAAUUACAUGUUGUAAUGUGGAACAGCAAAAGUUUUAUUAAGAAAGAAUCAAAUAUAUAAUACUCUUUAGGAAAUUUACUGAAAUAUUAAAAUUUGUUACA